AUGAAGACUCUGACACUGCUGGCAUGCAUUUGUGCACUGACUGCUUGCUUCUCACUCUGUGAAGGUCGGAAAAAGCAAGGGAAAAUACAUCACAAAAGGAAUAAUGUCCAACAAUAUAUAUUAGACCGCCGAUUACCAACUCAUCUCAAAUUUCACCCUAACUGGAAUACAUUAAUUCAAAAGCAUUUAAUUUUUGGUCCACACAGAUACCCAAAGUUUCCAAUUCCAAACAGAAGAAAACCAAAGCCGAACCGUCCCCAGCCACCUAAGUGUCCAACUAAAGAUAACACUGUUGUCAACAACAGCACCUCAGAGGCCAACACUCAAAUCCCAUCUCUGAGUCUAAUAACUACUUCCAACAAAAUUGUUACAUCUCCAGGUGUGACUUCUACUAAUAAUGACUCCACCAUAUCUCAAAAAGAAGAUACCGAUACAGGCCCUUCUGCAGCUACCCCAUCAAUACAACCUUCCCCCGCCCUGCCAGACACCACAGCUGCCCCACCUACAUCUUCCCUAACUACACCAGCACCACAACCUUCCUCACCUAUACUGGACCACACAACUGCCCCAUAUACCACACCUAAUCCUUCCCCAACCACUCCUGCUUCUCCAACUUCCAAAGCUACAACUGCACCCACCACCCAAACUACUACUCCAGCCACUACUCUAACUACUACUGUUGAACAAACAACCUCACCUUCCAGCCAAAAUGCAAAUUCUCAAUUCUGGCAAUAUAUUUAUGAGUUAAUAAAGUACCUUUCUGCGGACGCCUCUGUGGCCUCCGGGCAGCAAGCCCCUACCGGAGCCUGCGCAGCUGGGCCCUGUCCUCACAAACCAGCCCCGCCGGAGCGCAGCACCGCCAGCCCGCAUGCGCAGAGGGAGGCCGUACCGCGUCUUGCGCGUCACGUGACAGGCGCGGCUAGCGUGGCGCAUGCGUCCUUGUUACUAGCGGGCAAACGCAGGAGGUGGCGGCUCUCCUGGCCAAUGUCCUGUUACGUCUUUACCGCCGGCUGCCAGCCCCACACCCACAGCCUGGUGGUAAAUCUGCAGCAGCUACCGAGAAGGAAUCACAAUUUAAAACAAAAUGCAGGUUACAGCAAUGUCAGAAAAUACGCACCCAGAAAUAAGUCUGAGUAUCCUGAGACCGCCAUGCUGGAGAGGUCUUGGGUAGGCUCGGCCUUCAGGCCUCUCUGCGGAGACCUCGGGCACGCGAGAGAAGCCUUCGCCGACCAGAUGACCGCGACGUCACCUCAGCGGACCUCAGCGGACGCCAACUAG